UGAAAGUUCUUUUUUUAGUCCAUAUAUGCGUAUUUUAAACAUUUUAUUUUAUUUUUUAAUGCUUAACAUUUAAGAUAAUAUUUUCCAAAACUGGAAUGGGCUCUAGUUUAAUACAAAGACUAUCCUUUUAAAACGUUUUAACCUAGCCCUAUGAAAUGUUAAUAAAAAAGAAAAGAGAAUUGUUUAGAGCAGCGCUGCUAUUCAUGCUGUGCCAAAACCAUCGUAAGUUACACGUUUUAAAAUCAUCUUGAUAUUUUUCCCAUUAAAAUAGUUUUGUUUAAAUAACAUUACAAUGAUUUCUCAUUCUCACAAUGAACUAAAUGAUAUUGCACUAACUUUCAAAAAAAAAAAUUAAAUUAAAUUAAUUUUUUAAAUUUUUGUAUUUUUUUAAAGGACAUUUAAAAAAAUUUAUACUCGUUUAACAAAAAAUGUUUAAAAGUUCUGCUUUUAUUCCUAAGUUUAAAGGCAAUAUAUUUUUUUCAUAUCGAUAAAAUAUAGAUUUUCUCUUCAUUCUAACCCACACUAUUUUUAUUAUUUCAUUUUGUUGUCCUUCUUUUCAAAUUAUUUUGUAACAUUUAAUUUUUUAUUUUAUUUUACAAAUUUAGCUUUAAUGAGCUAUUGUUCAUCAUGCAAUGAUCCAGUAAGGGAAGGGACUGAUCAUGCCAUCGAACUUCAGUUGUCGACCUCAAACAAGAAAUCAACACAUACUUUACGAAUAUCCUCGUCAACACAUGGUAUCAUAGCUAACUGUUAUAAUAACGGGACAUGUAAAGACAUCGUGUCCGAUCUGUACAGCACCACCCUAGUCAUAAAAAGUGAAUGGUGUCUUGUUACAGUGAAGAUACACAACGUUUCAAGAGCUGGCUUAAAAACAGACCAACGUGCCUCAUUUUCAGCUGGAUUUAUGGAAAACUCACAGCUUGACCAAAGAAUGUCGAAAUGUGUGCCUGCCAUUUUCUGUAUGUUUUAUGAUUACAUUUCUAUAGCAUGUGUGAUAGUAAUGGCCUUUUAUUUUUAAAUAAUUUUAUUUAUACAUACAUAAUUUUGUUGCAUAUUCAUUUUACUAAAAUUAUUAUUGAAACAAUCUAAUCCAGUUUAUAAUUGCUCAAGAAGAAUAGUAUUUUUAAGACUAAAAUGUGCUUUAAACAUGAGUAUAUCUUUAAUAUAUUAACAACAUACAUAGAUUAGUCAUGUUAGGUUUUUCAUGAUAUGCAAUAUAAUGCGUAAAGAAUGUCAGCCCCAGUACAUAAAUACAAGUAUACGAGGUAACUGUUGAAAUUGUUAACAUAAAAAAAUAUACUAACUGUAAUGUAAACAUGCUGGAAAAUAUUUAAAUACUUUAUUGCAAUACAUUAAAUUCAUUAUAAUAUUACAUUUUUAACACAGAAAAAUAAAAUGGUAGAUAUUUAAUCUAAUCAGCGUUAUACGUCAACAUAUAUUGUAUAGAGUUAAUCUAAUGGUUUUAUUUUAUUGUAUUUGUUUUACAGCAAAACCUCAAAACAUCAACUGUACAUUGUCGGAACUUGUAAGUGGACUCUAUGUGAACUGUUUUUCUGAUCAAGUUUUUCCCAGAGGCAAAUGUUUCUUUUCCGCCAACUUUGUUUUGGUGAGAUAUUAUAAAUGUUGUCUAUAUUCUGUGUUUUUUGUGUUUUCAGUUCUUUAUUGUAUUGCUAUCACCAUAGUAAUAUAAGAGCCCAGUCUCUUCCAAACAUUUUAACGAUAAUUUUCCAUGUAUCAAAAUCAAUGCUUAUGAGAAAUGGUGCAUACCGAAAAGCUUUAAAUUAAAUGUUCAACUUGAAAAUGUGGAGCACGUCUUAAAAGUACACAGUACGGCAAGGUUUGGCUGAGUAAUGAAUGUGUUGUGAGUUUUGUACAUAGUAUGGCAAGGUUUGGCUGAGUAAUGAAUGUGUUGUGAGUUUUGUAUGUGUUCUAUUUUUAAAUUGUAUUUUUAAAUAAGCAAAAUAAAUAAUUUUGUGAAGAAUACGUCGAUAUUAACUGUCAAAAAUAUUUGAAACUUGCAUUCUCUAUUUACCUCAACAAAUGUCAUAAUAGGUACACGCUGUAUAUUUUGUAGGACGUAUUUCUCUUAAUUCAAGAAAAAAAACUCUCUCUUUUGAAAUAAAAGUCACAUAAUUAGGGAGUUUAAUUUUGCCAAAAAGUUUCUUAAGCCCUAAAUAAUCAUUUCGUGAAUCUUUUGUUGCGUUUGUUUUGUUUUUCUAAAUUAAUUCCUAAAAGCAAAACUAGCAAAAAUUAAAUUAAUUCAAAAGUGUAUCGCUUGGAGGAUCGAUUCAAUUUGGCACAUAUAGUCCUUGUAAAGUUUUUACCAUUUUAUUUGGUUGCAUUAAACAAAAUGUAGUCAUCGAUAAAAUGGGUUUUAGAGGAAAUAUGUCAAGCGAAAUGCUUGUUUUAUUAUCUAGGUGAUCUGAAUUUAAUCAUUUAUUCUAUUAAACUAUUAUUCUAUUAUUAUUGUGGAUUUUUUGUGUUUUUUUUUUAGUUUUUGGGUUUUUUUGUUUAGUUUUACUUUUUAAAAUUUGUUUUACCUUUUUUUAUAACUUGUGAAACUUUCAUUUUUGAAAACAUAUUUUAGGAAAGUAAUAGAUUAGUCAUCACAAAUACGGCCUAUGAAAAAGACAACACAACAUAUUUUCACGUUAAUUGUAGCUUGCAUCUACCUGGAGCAAAUUUAAGUGUCGAAAAUAAGGUGGUUAAUGUAACCCUAUACCCCAACGUCACAGAGAACCAAAGUGACAUUCCUUUAUAUGGAAUUAAUUCUACUGUCACCUUUGUUAUAGGUAAGAACAUGUGUUUGUGCUCUGCGUUUCAGUUGACUUGAAAAUCUUAUGAUUUCAGCAAAGAAUAAAGGUUUUAAAGAUGUCGACAAAAUGUUAACAUCGGGGACACAUUGAAAUGCAACAAUAAGCGUUAUUGAUUAGCAUCACAGUAUUUUAUUGACCAGUAUCCCAGUGCUUAUGGAAAGACAGCAAAUUGAAAAUUAGAAUUCAAACAAAAUUAUAAAUAUUUAUAAAUACAAAUUCAAUUAAAUUGAGAUCUGAUCGAUUACUCAUCAGAAGAAUUUCUGAAAAAACGUAUUUGAAAAAAAAAAAAACUAUUCAAAAAGUAAAAACAGGGAACUUGUUUCUUUGACAGAAAAUUAAGAUAAAAAGGGAUAUGCUGCUAGUUAAAAACAAGCUUAGAGACAAUUAAAUUAAAUAUACUUGCAGAUAUUAAAAAAAAACUAUUUAAAAUGGUGUAAAUAAAAUAAUUUAUUUUUUUAGAUUUGCCAAGUGUUGGUAUACCAGAUUGUCCUACUGUCAUAACUGAAGGAAAAAGUGUCAAAUGUGUUUGUAAAAGAUUGGACAAGAGUGUUUAUGGGGUUUCUUUGGAGUGGUAUGAUAAGGACACCAAUGCGUUAGUUAGUGGUGAAGUGCUGUCAUUUGUAGCUAACAGGAUUCAACCGAGUGAAUAUUUUUUUUACUUUCGGCAAAACAGUAUUUUUUUCUUUUAUACCAAACUUGAAAAGGGUGAUUUUUUUAUUUUUUUUUUGUGUAGCUCAUUUGCGUUCAACAUGUUGUCAUUUGUAGAUAACAGGAUUCAACCGAGUGAAUAUUUUUUUUUAUUAUUAAAUGUCUUUACAAAAAAAAAAAAAAAAAAAAAAAAUAAUAAUCUACAUAUUUUCCUCAAAGCCUAUUACUUUAAUAUUGUAGUUAUUCAAACAUUAAGUUUAUCAAACAUAUGCAGUUAUUAUGCUUUUUAAUUGUGUUAAAUGUAAAAAAAAUCAUUUCACUCCAGUAUAUAAUAUUAAUAGAUAUGUUUAGUUUAUUAAAUGAAUGCACCGUCUUUUAUUAACUACAAUUUUUUAUUUGUUCAUUUGCAUUUUAUAGUUUACUAUUGCAAGUCAACCAACAUUUUUGGAUGGGAAAGUAAACAUGUAUACUACCGGCCGUUAAUAGAUGGUAAAUUUUAAUAUAUAUAUUAUAUUUUGCUAUCAUAAAAUGUGUACAUAUACCCAGUGUUGCUGCUAUUCGGCAUUUGUCUGAAAUAAAAAGUCAUAAAAAUUCAGACAAACUCAUUAUUUAAAAAUGUAUUCAAAAUCGUCAAUAAUAUUUUAAAUUUGUUUUUCCAAGAUACAUACACGUUUACUACAAAUAUUUCACCAAAAAGGACAUACAUCAUCUUAGUUUAAGUGAACUAACAAUAUAUAUUAAAGCCAAUUUACCCAUUUUGUAAAACUUCACAAAAGUUCAUGACAUUUGAUUUUUCAUGAACACACGCUUUAAAAAUUAAAAAUAUUGUUAAAUAUAAAUAAAAACUCAAUUUAUUGCAUUUUUUUAUGUAAUACUUGUCUUUUUAUUUAUUUAAUGUAUAUCUCAGAGUAUCUAGUCGUUAAAAAUAUACUUUUGUUUCAAUUAUAUUGAAAAAUAAAUUUUCAUUAUUAUUAUUUACAAUUUUUUAAUUAGUAAGUUCACCUUAUAUAUAAUGAUAAAACGAGUUUAUUUCUGCUUUUUCAACAGGAGGCAAUGAUAUGGUUAAGUUUAUAGCCGCAUCCAUUGCAGUUGCCACCAUCUUGACAAUGUUGGCUCUAGCGUUUAAGUGUCUUAGGGGAAGAUUCAGGUGGGAAUUCCCCAUCACAUCAUUAGGUGAGAAUCAACUUUGACAUUUUUAGCAUCAAUAAUUAAUUAAUAUUUUUUUAGCAAAUAACACUUCGAAUCUGUAAAUACGUACAACAUGCUGGCUAUGAAACCCCUCCCAAACCAAACACUUUCUAAAACAUAUUUUAUUUGAAACGAUGUGAGGGACAAUACGUUUUUUUUUAUUUUUCUUAAAUCAGAAAAUCACUUGUUUAAAACGGAUUAAGUCUACCUUUCGGGAUUUUCAACAGCAACAAAGGGACGGGGGGAGAGGGGGGGGGGGAAACGGAGGCAAAAAACCCUUUAAAAAAUCCAACAUCUUUUUAAAUGGGGAAUGUAAUAUUUACUAUAAAUAAUCCAUACAAUUGUAGUUCAGGGAUUUUCUAGUAAGUUUGGAUUCCAUUUUUGAGAAACAAAUAUUUUAAUGUAUGAAAUUGAUAUACUUUAAUUCCUUAAAAUUUCCUUGUACAAAAUGUGCAGGUACUUUCUAUUUAAAAAUAAAAUGACGAUAUAUUUCUAUGACAUUUGUCUAACAGCAAGAAGAGCCAAUGGCAACCUUGACAUAGCACAAAGAAGUCAGAAAGAAAUCCAAGAUGACGGCUAUUUGGAAAUCAUAGAAAGGAAGAGUGAAAAUGUCAUGGACAAACUUCCCGGCAGAUACGAUUGCUUGAAUGAAUAUCAUCUUUACGAAACUCUGGACGAGCCAGAAAAUAGAGGGAAAACCUGAUAGAUCAUCAGGCGGUGCUCGUUAGUUGUGGUCAUAAAAUAAAGCGCAGUUACAUUUCUCACAUGGUGUGAUUAUAUUUCCCAUGCAAUCACUUUUUAAGUGUACACAUUUAUAAUUUUAAACCGUGUACAUGUUUAUAAUUUUAGACAAUUUGGCAUUUAUUUUAGGAAAUAGAGAAAUUUAGUUAACAACUCACAUACAGUGUACAUAUUUUGAUAACGUAACGUUGCCUACCCCUGGAAAUAACAGAAAUCGUAACAUAUUUUUAAUCUCUUUAUUGCAUCAUCAUAACAUGAAACGCGAAAACUAGUUAAUAAGUUAAUUUUGGGACACAUGCGUCUUAUGUUAAAUUUUACUCAAUGGAAAAUCACUAUUAUCACUGUCUGCAAGCGUUUUAUAGUCUGAUGAUAACGAUACAAAUACGUUCCUUGGUGACUUUGGGAAGUUACUAAGUUACGCCGUUGGUCAACACUUUCUUUUGGCAAAUGGCAUCUGGUUCCAGCGGUAAGACGAGGUCGACACAGCUGGUGACGGGAUUGAAUGAGGUGAAUGUCGAUGACAGAAACAUUGCAAAUCCCCUCUACAUGCAUAGGAGCCAAACUGAUCAACAAAUUGAUCGUGGGCCCUUAAUAUAUAGAAGAAGAAGAAGUAUCUUGUCGUGUGCCUAGUGAUCCAUGUCCGUUGACGGACUAGUUGUUUAUCAGUGUUCUACAAUGGAUCCAGUCUACAUGUUACGAAGGACAGGCCGUAACUGUUUCACCAACAAAUUUUCAUAGUUAUUCGUUUAUUGAGACGAAAUGCUUAGCUUUCGAUAAGUGCCAAUUUUUUUAACAGUUUUUAGUUCGAUGUGUACUAUAAAAUGAUCAUUUCUGUUGUAUCAAUUAAUCAUUAUAACCCAC